AUGAAGAUGAAAAGAGAAGAUAUUGUUGAUGAAUUAGGCAUUACUCACAAGCAAGAUCCAACUGCUCUUGCAGGAAAUAAGGUUUUGCCAAUUACUGAAUCGGCACAAUCGUUAUCCGUAAACAACAAUGAUCAAAGCCAUAAUGUAGAAAAGAAAGAUAGAGCCAAGGGAGAUAAAAGCAGAGCCGUAUCCCGGAUGAAAGAGCUAAUGAGAUGGGCUGCUGCUGCUGCCAAGUCCGAGAAGGGAGGAAAGUACAUUGGUAGAAAGGUCUUGCAGUUUCGAAAUAGAUCCACCUUAAAGGCCGUACCGGAUGACAGCCAAUUUCGCAAUGACUCCCCAAAGAUUAGUUUUAGAUGGGAUGUAGAGAGUUGUUCUACCAUUUCACUGGCUUCAUCUCUAAAUCAUGAACAAAUCAAGAAUGCUCCUUCAGUGAACUCUACUCCUCUACAUGCUAGAGAUCAGUGUGCUAGUACAACUGGAAACUGGAUCACGACGGAUUCUGAAUUCGUCGUGCUUGAACUAUGA